GCGGUUUUGUCUUCUCAACUGCCUGUCCUGUCCUGAGCGCUCUCUCUCUCUCUCUCUCUCUCUCUCUCUCUCUCUCUCGUGUCUGAAGGUUUCAACCUCCGUAUUGAAUCUUCUUGGCAGUUGGUGGCACAGAAAAUAGCUUUUUUAGAGAGAGAGAGAUUCAUAAGGGAAAAUGAACAAGCCAUAUGGCCCAUAUCCAUUCUUAUUUCUUUGUCUUCUCUUCAUUUCUAUCCCAAAAAAUCCUUCUUUCUUUUGAUUUUUAUAUACCCUUCUCUUCUAUUCUCAUCUGCUACAUGCCCAUCUGAUCUUCUUUCUCUUGUACCCAAAAAGAAUUGAUCUUUCUUAAAUUUUUUUUUGCAAUCUCUUUGGCCCACUUACCCCUUUUUCUCUGCCUGUACAAAUUGGCUAUUUCAUCCUUGUCUUUAUUGAUCCUUGUCUUUUGUUUUGAGUGAAUAGCUCAAAUCCGUCGUCCCUGUAAAGAUUUGGGGGUGAUUCGCAGAAAAAGAUGAUGAAGAUGACAAUGGAGGGGAUGAUGGAUAAGGGAGUACUGGAUGAUAUUAUCAGAAGGCUAUUGGAUGGAAAAGGGGGCAAGCAGGUGCAGCUAUCUGAGGGAGAGAUCCGUCAAUUAUGUGUUAAUGCUCGCCAAAUCUUCCUUUCUCAGCCUAAUCUCCUUCAGCUAAACGCUCCCAUUCGCAUCUGUGGUGAUAUUCAUGGACAAUAUCAAGACCUUCUGAGGCUAUUUGAGUAUGGCGGCUUCCCUCCUUCCUGCAGCUAUCUCUUUCUUGGAGAUUAUGUUGAUAGAGGGAAACAAAGCUUGGAGACAAUAUGUCUGCUUCUGGCUUACAAAAUCAGAUAUCCUGACAAGAUUUCUCUCUUGAGAGGAAAUCAUGAGGAUGCGAAGAUCAAUAGGAUAUAUGGGUUUUACGAUGAGUGUAAAAGGAGAUUCAACGUUAGGCUUUGGAAAAUAUUUACUGACUGCUUUAAUUGUUUGCCUGUGGCUGCACUCAUUGAUGAGAAGAUACUGUGUAUGCAUGGUGGUCUAUCUCCAGAGUUGGAGGAUGUGAACCAAAUCAAGGAAAUUCAGAGGCCUACUGAAAUUCCUGACAGUGGUCUUCUUUGUGAUCUGCUCUGGUCUGAUCCUGAUGCCACCGUUAAGGGCUGGUCGGACAGUGAUCGAGGUGUUUCGUGUACGUUUGGACCGGAUCGGGUUGUUGAGUUUUUGGAUAAGAAUGACCUUGAUCUCAUUUGCCGGGGUCAUCAGGUGGUAGAAGAUGGAUACGAGUUCUUCGCUAAGCGAAGAUUAGUCACAAUAUUUUCAGCUCCAAACUAUGGGGGAGAGUUUGACAAUGCUGGUGCUUUAUUGAGUGUUGAUGAAUCUCUUGUAUGUUCGUUUGAGAUACUGAAGCCAGCUCCAGCAGCAAGCAGUUCAAAGUUGCCUCUCAAAAAGCCUCCUAAAAUCGGAAAUAUCUAAUGUGGCACGACCACGUUUCGAGAUUUCCGGCUUUGUGUAGGAGAUAGAGCAAGCUCACAUCAUGCUUCGGAUUGAACUCAGUUAUGGAGCAAUCUUACAAGAUGAGAAAUGUUGCAGAUUACUAGAGGAAAAUUCUACAGAUCAACAGCAGUUGCUAUCUUCUGGCCAGGAGCUGAAAAUUUUACAUGGAACCCAAUUCUGUAACUUCCUGGUUGCACUGGUUAGCAUAUGCUAUCUAAUGAAUGAGAAUAGCCAGCCUGAUCCAUGUUGAGUUUGUAUCAGAUUGCACCUUUUCAAGCAACUUGCUUUUAAUUCAAGUUUUCUUGCACAUGUAAAUAACAUGUCAGAACUAACUGUUAGAAAAGUAGAAAAUAAAGAAAAUUCUUCAUCUGGAUUCCUACCAA